GAAGCAAAAAGGUGGUCACGUGAUUCUGCGGACGCGUUGGCUUGACAACUGCUGUAAUCCUUGCCUGGUGUGAAACAAGCACUCAGAAGAUACAAUGCCAGAAGUCAAGUCAAUUUUAAGAGAAGUUCUGCCUAAACAAGGGCAGCUUUCCAUGGAAGAUGUCCCUACCAUGGUUCUGUGUAAGCCAAAGCUGCUCCCACUCAAAUCAGUCACUCUAGAGAAACUGGAGAAGAUGCAAAUUGAGGCUCAAGAGACUGUCAAAAAGCAAGAACUGGCUCUGAAGGAGCAGUCAUAGCAGAUGCCCAAUGGAGGAUUUUUAAAAACAUAAUCAAGCUGAAAUGAAUGGUACAAAAGCAGCGUUCUCAAGCACCAGUAGAGUGUGUUAUUUGUACAGCAGUGAAAUGUGCAUACAACUACAAAGGCUUCAUAAAGAAGAGCUAGGUGGUCAGAGUACUCACUUCAGUGUAACCACACUCACCUCUGCAUCCUGUUCAUUAGUCAUCCUGAAAUGAUGCACUAUGUCAGUAAGGAUUGUUUUUUUUUUUUUUUUUUGUUUUACUUGCCAGUUUUUCCUCAUGGUUGGCUCCUAAGACUGAUACACUUCUGACUUUUUAUUUGUAUCACUGUAAUUUGGCUAUAAUGCACAACACAAAAUGUCAAACAUCUUUCUUUUUGAAUGAAAGCAGAGCAAGUAACCUGUCAGAACAAAGAAUUAAAUGGUAAUGGUUUGUGCUAUUAUUGUGGUAUUCACAAAAACAAUAUUGAUUAUUUAAUAGUGAUUUAAUGAACAAAUAAGGAGCAAUAUGUGGUACAUUUUACACAACAGUACUCCCCAAAUAUAAAAAUAAACACUCUAAACACUAUUUUGUGAAGUUAACCGACUGGUAUUUGCUUUUGCCCUGUACACAUCUUGAUACCUUCAGUAGACAUCUUUGUGAUAUUUAAAGGGUAAAAAAAAAAAAAAAAAA